UUGUCGGACUCACCCGGUGUGCCAGAGGGCAGAGCGAGCGCCGCGGUUCUCAGCGCUCGAGACAAGCGCCAUUCAUCUGAGAGGACCGCGAGCACACCUGGUCGGACCGAAGAGAGCAGUUUAGCGACUGAAACAGCUCCACACAGCACCCGGGUUAAUCACUUGAGGAAUGCGGUGCCAUUAGGACGCGAGCCGAAACCUUCAUAUCAACUUUAACUUCAUUUUCACCAACUUAUCAAAAAAGGGAUCAUGGCCACAGGCGGAUUUAAGUCAAACGCCACUACAGACUUUUUGGAGGAGUGGAAGGCAAAACGGGAGAAAAUGAGAGCCAAAAUGCUGGGGGACAUAGCCGCAGCGACUGGUGCUCCCAUGGGUGCCAGCAACCCAAACGGCAACAACAACAGUAACCGCCACGCCGCCCCACCGGGCACCGAUCUCACCAAUAACGGCAACCCUGAGCGAAGCGCCUCCGCUGGCAACUGCCUCCCCUCCUCCUACACGGUGGCUCGGUCCUCCUCCGGCACGGCUUUAAAGAGACCCGAGGAGGAAACGCACCACCCUGCCCACACCGCUUCACCCACAGCCGCCACCCCGCCUGGGAGCAACCCGAAGAAGGCCCCGCCUCAGACGGAGAAGGCUCAGUGCGCUUCCCCGGACCUCAGCCCCAUGGCUUGCAUUGACAGUGACAAGGGAAGCCCAUCGCCCAGUAAGGUGAAGGAGAAGAAUAGCACCGGACCCCGUGCUAGGAAAGGACAGAUUGAGAAGAGGAAGUUGAGGGAAAAGAGGAGAUCAACAGGUGUUGUCAGCAUACCAUCUAAUGAGAGCCUGGAUGAGCUGGACGACGACGACGCAGUGGAGAAGAACAGGAAGGAGGAGGAGGAGCUGGUUCAGGCCAACACUUUCCAGAACGAAGCCAUGAUGGCUGACCCUGCCACCGGCCAUUUAAUGGAAACCCCCAGAACUGGGAGCGGCCGCCACAAGAGCGGCGCUGCAGGGCCGGGAUCUGAGGAAGAGGUGGGCGGGAACAGCAGACAACGACACAACCGCCACGGCAGAGAUGGGACCUUGGAGAAAAGGAUGGAGGAGCUGGAGAAGGAGCUGGCCAGAGAGCGCCAGGAGACCGACCGGCUGCUGAAGGCCCACCAGGACAAAGACGACCUCAUCGGGAAGCUGAAGGAGGAAAUUGACUUGCUGAACCGAGACCUGGAUGACAUUGAAGAUGAGAACGAGCAACUCAAACAGGAGAACAAGACUCUGCUGAAGGUGGUGGGUCAGCUGACGAGGUAGAAGCCGACACACACUUCCCCCGAUGAACGGAGCGUCUCUGCUCUCUGGUCAAGUCCAGCAGCCUGUAAUGUGUCUCUGUGUGUUAGAGGAGAAACUGUAAAGUAGUCGAGCCUUACAGCCUUAAACGCAUCCCGUUGGUGGUGAGGGUCUCAUGGGGGUUGUCUGUCAUCGUAUACAUAUUUAAUGUAAAUGUAUUGUAUAUAGGCCAUUUAGGUUGUUCAUGUUUUUGGGGGGGAUUUUUUUUUUAAAGAAGGACGUAAAAGGCAAAAGUAAAAUGAAUGUAUGUGCUGCACAAACAAGUGCACGCAGCCGUCACCCAGGUAAAUAACAAUAAAGCAAGAAUCAGUGACCGUGUGACGACGGAGCUCCUGUCGAGGAACUCUUGGACCAAAUUCAACAUAAUUGCUGCGACAGUCCCGUCAGCCGUCAGUGGGCAGAGCGCCUCGCAACGCACGUGGGGGUAAAAGAGUGAAAGCCCGGUGCUUUAGGGUCCAACAUUAGUGCCAGAGUUACUUCCUUGCAAUCAUUUCUUCUUACAGUCGAAUGCAAUCAUCUACAACCCUCAAUAAAGAAAAGUUUUAACGAUAAAGGUAAAUAAAGUGAGACUAAUAUGAAUUAUAUGCUGAACGCAUUUCAACGCUAGCAUCUGAGUAUUAUACUUGUCCUGAGGGGGAAACUCCUCUCCCAGUAUAUACAUGUGGAUUCUUUUAUUUUUAUUUUUAAGCUCUCUGUAAUUUGUUUACAAGUUAUGUCUUUGCAAUAUUUGAUAGAUGUCCUGCUCUGUUUAUGGCAUCUAAGAUGUGUGGAGUGAGCUACAGUGCAUUUCUUUGCGUAUGAUAACCAAAUGAACUGAAGGAAGAAAACUAUUUGAAAUGCAUCUUUGUGUGUUUACUCGAGGGAACAGGCUUGGCUGGUAGUGGAGAUUUACUUCCUGUAUUUAGAUCAUGAAAAUAAUCUAUAGGUGUUAGAUAGCUCCGCAUACAGUCACGUGUUAUCGGGGGUUAAAGGUAAUCCCCCUCGGCAGACAGACGUCAGACACCGAUCUCUCUUUCCAUGACAUUAUGCAUGUACAGAAGAUUAAGUCAUUUAAUAAAAGUUUGAUUAUCUCUCUCCUCA